UCGCGGAGUUCGCUAGAUUAACACGAGUACCGAGUGCGCUCUCAAUCCCGGGCUCUGCGUCUGGCAUCAAUUUUACGAAGCGUGGCUGAGGUAGGGACGGUUUAUGAUAAUAAAGACAGAAAUGGCGUCGACCGGACAAGAAACCUUUCAACGUUUGUCUUGCGACUACGAAAAUCUGUCUUCUCGAUUUAUGCUGCAAGAUCGGAACUACCAGAGACAGUAUGCACAUCUUUAUUCAGAACGGUUGACUCUUAUGAGACCUGCCCUUGAGGAAGCAGCUAGAAGGAAAUGGGGUGAAGACGCUCCUUUAUGUCAUCUGUAUCAGCUGGUUGGUGGUGAGAAACGUAUUGUUGUAGGAACACUCUUUAAAAGCAUGGAGCUCAAACCAAGCAUCCUGAAAGAAAUAAGUGAAGAUCGUAAUCUAACACCCCAGCCUUCGAGAGAAAGGUUCUCCUCCGAUUCUGACUUUCUUGUUCUAGAAGAUGAACUUCAGAGGGUAGUCCUGACGGGAGAUAUUGAUGCACAGACUGCUAUAACAGGUGUGGUGCUAGCAGUGAAAGGAUUUGAGAACGACGAUGGCAAGUUUGAGGUGGAGGAUACAUGCUAUGUGGAUUUACCGAGUAUUGAGGAAUAUCCGCCAUUAGAUGAUGAUCGGUAUCUCAUCUUGAUGUCCGGUCUAGGCAUUGGUAAUGACCAGACUGACCUGAUGAGUCUCCAGCUAAUGGUCGAUAUCAUCACCGGUCAACUCGGGACAGCUGACCAACAGAAGAUGUUCUCCAAGGUGGUGAGGGUCAUCAUUGCUGGUAACAGCCUGAGCGAAAGUACUAGGGACAGAGAUGUUCUUACUACAGCCAAAUAUUUAACAAGAAAAUCUCAAGCAGGGACUGUAGAAGCUAUUAAAACCCUGGACCACUUAUUAGUACAACUCACGAGUUGCAUUCCAGUAGAUCUGAUGGCAGGCGAUUUCGAUCCAGCCAAUUCUAGUCUCCCACAACAGCCGUUUCAUCGAUGCAUGUUCCCACAGUCCAGUGUCUAUUCUACGUUCAACUCCGUCACCAACCCUUAUGAGGCUAAGAUUGCAGGAAUGAGAGUGCUUGGUUCAUCAGGUCAGAAUGUAACAGACAUCUAUCAGUUUACAACUAUGGACGAUAGACUUUCAAUCCUAGAGCAAACCUUGAAAUAUGGUCACAUUGCUCCAUCAGCCCCUGAUACUUUAGCAUGCUAUCCGUACUACAACAAAGAUCCUUUCAUAAUUAAAGAUUGCCCAGCCAUCUACUUCGCAGGAAACCAACCAAGAUUCCAGACCAAGAAAGUAGUGACAGGUUCCGAUGAUGAAGAGGUCUUGCUUGUAACUGUUCCUAGUUUCCAAGAGACCAAGUCCUGUGUGAUAGUCAACCUGAGAACCAUGGAUUGUCAACCGCUUAUCUUCUCGGCCGAUCUCUCAUCUAGCUGAAAAUCACAUCAUAUUCUAUGCUGAUUGAGAGGGGAUGUUUCGCAGAGAUUUAAUGGGGACUUAGGGUUGCACGUAAAUGUCUAGUUGCGUGUGGUAUAAGACCCAUUACCACAUUGGUUGUGUCAUGCUAAGAGGAAGCGCGUUACUGCGUAAUAAUCAAUGCGAUUGCGUGUUACAUAUCAUGUGCGUGUCGGCACUAAGCAUGACUUUAAGUUAUACUUUACUCUUUGUGAAACUCUCCCCUGGAUUUAAGUCUUAAAAGGACUUUCAUCAAGCUCCUCAUGAAACCUGGGGGUGUUUCACAACCCGAAUUAAAUAUGACAACCAGAGUUAAGUUUGAUUUAAGUCAUGCUUAAAUGCCAACGCGCACGUGGUUUGUAAACACGCAAGCUUAUUGAUUGAUGCGCAGUAGUACACGUCCUCUUAACUUGAUUUGACCAUUGCGAUGAGGCCUGUUACACCGCAUGCGAAUGGGAAUUUAGGUGGGUUAAAGUCAUACUUAGCUCUUUGUGAAACUCUCCCCCGGAUUUUAAGUCUUGAAAUGACUUCCAUCACGCUCCUAUUAAACCAGGGUGGUGUUUCAUAAGGCUGUGCAUAAAGUUAUAAACAACUUUAUGCACAAAUGGAACAUGUAUUUAGGUGCGAAAGUUAAAAACAUGGUCAGAAAUAUGUAUAAGGAGACAUCAUGUAACACAAGAAAGGUUCAGCACUCGUCCAUAAUGUUAUUUGUAACUUAGGAAACAGCUUAGUAAUGGCCUGAAGUUAUUCAAGUCUGGGCCCCGUCUUACAAAGAGUUACGAUUGAUCCAAUCGUUGUAAGUCUAUGGAAAUCCAUCAGUGUCAUAAUUUUUCUACUGGAAAACUUGCAAAAUGACCUUUAUGAAAGAGGGAAACACACGAAAUUGUCAUGAGAUCAAUGAAUCUAUGAAAAUACAUCGUAUCUAGAAAUAUUUUUGAACAAACAUGUAUUUUUAAAUGUGGGCAUUGGUGGCUUUCCAUAGUUGAGUUUGAGUAGAUCAAUUCUUUUGUAAGACGGGGCCCAGGUCAUGAGGUCAGUGGCAUUCAUAUAGGUUUACUUUCAAUUGGUCUAAUGCCAAUUUGUCUGCUACCAUUUGGUCUACCAUCAUUUCGUCCUUUAUCCACAUGGUCUAAUUUCGUUCACUCACCAUUAUGUCUAAUAACCAGUUGGUCCAAUGGUGAUUUAGUCCAUAUACCAUUUGGUCUAAUUAGACUAAGUCUUAAUUGGGCGAAAGGAAUGAAAAUAAAAUGGAUAUUAGACCAACUGGUUAUGAGACGAAAUGGUCAUAGACGAAAUGGUGAUUUGACGAAAUGAUGAUUGGACCAAAUGGUUGUUAGAUGAAAUGUUGAUGGACGGAAUGGCAUUAGACUAAAUGAAGGUAGACCAUGUGGUCAGUGGACGAGUUGGCGGUAGACCAAUAGGUAAAUUACCAUUAUAUGCCUGCUCCAGUGGCUGGUCCUAGAAAGACACUAUAUUUUUACAGAAACUUUGCCAGUAUGAAAUCUACCAUGGAAACCUUGCAUUUGAUUGGCUAUCGAGCCCUGUUGCCAUGGUAGUUCACAUAAUGGCGAAGUAACCAUAAUAGCCAAUUCUUUAUAAAAAAAAUCUUAAAUUGUAGUACACUGAACAAGAAUAUUUAAAUGUUUAAAUAUAAGAAUGCUGAACAUGUCUUGACAUUGAUUUUGUUCAGCAGAAAAAUUCGCACUGUGCCAUUAGGUCUUUUUUUUUCAUGUUACAUUAUACGUUAUACGCGGUAUGGUACUUUCUGUUUUUAGCUACACUAAAUGUCCAAUAUUAUUAUUAUUUCAAAUGUUGACAGGCCUGGUACUGCUAUUUAGGCUGAGAUAGGGAUUUCAUUUCAUGAACCUUUUCAUCACUGACAAGUUUUCAUUCUCUGACAAUUACCAUGGCAACAAUCAAAGAUCAGGGGGUCGUUGCAGAAAUAGUUGUGAUUAAUCGCUACCAUAAAAAUCGAAUGCAAUGUGGGGGCGCCGUGUUCUAGUGGUUAAAACUUGCAUCUUUCAAUGCGAGGGAUGCGGGUUCGAUUCCCAGCCUUAGUGUGUUUUACUUUCAGCAAGAAAUUUACCCACAUUGUGCUACACUCAACCCAGGUGAGGUAAAUGUGAACCAGCACGACGUAAUUCCUCAAAAAGCUGUGAGCACCGCAAUAGGUAGACUACAUGUAGCUUAGCUGGAGUAAUAUACAUGUAGGAGCACCUUACAAGGUUGAUACGUGUGCUAAACAAAUCCUAUGUUUACUAUUUAACUUGAUUCUCAACCAAUAUGCGUAUUAGGGACUUUCGCUUGAUUUUCAUUUGCGUUUUAUCACAAUACUUUCAGCAAUGGGCCCCUGAUGGGUGUGUCAUAUAGUUGUUCGUGAGUUACGAGCGAAUUUACUAAAAAUUAAGCCCCGUCUUUUAAGGAGUUGCGAUUGAUCUGAUCAACCACAACUAUGGACGGCCAGCAAUAUCAACAUCAAAAUGCAAAUUUGGUUAAAAUAUUUUCUAGGUAUGAUUUUUAUUCAUACAUUCAUGGAUCUCUUGAAGGUCCACUGUGAUUCUCUUUGUUUGCUAAAGAGAUUGUGCAAAUUUCCUGUAGAAAAAAUUAUGACGUUGCUGGAUUUCAAUAUAUUAUUACUUAUUAUUUGUACUGCGCUUUUCCUAAUAGGCCCAAAGCGUUUAUAAUGAAUUAAGUGUAUUUUAAAAACUACAAAGUACAAAGAGAUGAGAUGUAUAUGAGAUCAAUAUAGCUGAGAUUGAUCUGAUCAUUCAUAACUAUUUGUAAGACGGUGCCGAGGUAACCCUUUCCUUUGAUAAAUGAAGUACAUUAGAUUUUCAUAUGUGUUGAGUAAACUCCUAGAAAGGAUCACCAGUCGCCCAGCAAAGUCACUUGUGAAUUACAAACAGCUUUAUGGAAGUAGUCAGCUUAGUGAAAUCCUUGAUUAUGAAUGGCUGAGAAGUGCUGGUCUGUGACUGUUACUAUGGUUACUGUUGGAGUUGACAAUUUAGUCUGUGCCGACAACUUUCAUCAAACACCCUCCCGUGCUUCUUGGCCAAUCGGAAUCAUGGAUUUCCCUGAAAUUUUCAGAGCUGGCAAUAAGUCAGCGCCGACAGCAGCUAUCAUGCAAUGAAUUGAUUUCUAAAUCAAAUUUGUUCACAGUUCAUCAAAAUUAUGAGGUAUAUCAAUCUUUUCACUGAUAUGUCCAUGUGUUUUAAGGGAUGUCCCCCAGUGACCUGUUCUUCGGAGUAAAUGAAUAUCACAUCCACAUACCUUCUGAACUUGCAGGGGCGAGAGGUGUUACAUGCAUUUUUACAUGAGACUGGAG